AUGAUGCUACACCUCCCCAAUCCAGGCCUGGCGUCCAAGAUACUGUCCCAUGAACAGCUGGAGCAGCUGGACAGUGAGGAGGAUGAAGACAGGCCAAAAUGGGACAACAAGGCCCAGUACAGGCUGACCUGUGUGGGUUUUGCCGUGGGACUCGGUAAUGUGUGGAGAUUUCCAUACUUGUGUCAAGUCUAUGGUGGAGGGGCUUUCCUGAUUCCUUAUUUCAUUGCCUUGGUGUUUGAGGGCCUUCCGUUGCUGCACAUGGAGCUGGCCAUCGGACAAAGGCUCCGCAUGGGAAGCGUCGGAGUGUGGAACUCAAUCUCCCCAUAUCUAGGAGGUUUAGGUGUGGCUUCAUUGUUAGUGUCCUUCCUGGUCGGACUGUUCUACAACACUAUCCUUGCCUGGAUCCUCUGGUACUUCUUCCACUCCUUUCAAAAUCCACUUCCCUGGAGGAAUUGUCCACUUAAUGAAAACCUCACUGGUUAUGUGACCGAAUGUGAAAAGAGCACAUCAGUGAAUUAUUUUUGGUAUCGUGAAACACUGAACAUAACACCAAACAUUGAAACCAGUGGGUCCUUACAAUGGUGGAUAGUGUUGUGUCUGGCCACUGCUUGGUGUCUCGUCUACAUCUGCUUUAUACGUGGCAUUGAGACCAUUGGAAAGGCAAUUUAUGUGACCGCCACCUUUCCCUAUCUCGUACUCACCAUCUUCUUAGUCAAAGCCUUGACUCUGUCCGGAGCAGCCGAUGGUCUUGCAUACCUUUUCACUCCAAAUUGGGAAACCCUGAAGAAUCCCAAGGUGUGGCUGGAUGCUGCCACUCAGAUUUUUUUCUCUCUGUCUUUGGCUUUUGGGGGACUCAUUGCCUUUUCCAGCUAUAAUCCUCAAAAGAAUAAUUGUGAGAGAGAUGCCCUAAUAGUUGGGUGUGUCAACAGUUUUACAUCAAUAUAUGCUUCGAUUCCCAUUUUUUCCAUUCUGGGAUUUAAAGCAAAUACAAACUACAAUGACUGUCGAAAUAGAAAUAUAUUGACACUGACAAAUGCAUUUAACAUAGGGGAUGAAAACAUAACUCUUGACAACUAUGAUGACUGGUUAAGCCAUCUCAAUAACACAGAUCCCUCAGAAGUGGAAAGCCUCCACCUAAAGACCUGCAACCUACAGACCUUCCUGGACCAGAGUGCCUCUGGAACAGGACUGGCCUUUAUUGUGUUCACUGAGGCUGUGAUAAAUAUGCCAGGCUCCCAGGUGUGGGCAGUGCUGUUCUUUGUCAUGCUCUUCAGCCUCGGCCUGUCCUCCAUGUUCGGCAAUCUAGAGGGGGUCCUCACACCUCUGCUUGAUCUGCAUAUGGUGCCAUCCUGGAUUCCGAAGGAGAUUUUCACAGGGUUGAUUUGUCUCACCUCUUUUGCUGCGGCUCUAAUCUUUACCUUGGGCUCUGGAAACUACUGGCUGGAGAUUUUCAACAACUAUGUGGGAUCUUUGCCUCUGCUCAUCAUAGCUUUCUUUGAGAUCAUCGGUGUGACAUACAUCUACGGAAUAAACAGGUUUAACAAUGACAUUGAGUGGAUGACAGGUCAGAGGCCCAACAUCUACUGGCAAGUUACUUGGCGGUUCAUCAGCCCUUUGAUGCUUCUGGUGGUAUUUUUGGCAUAUGUUGCAAUAGAGGCCAAACAACAACCUACAUAUAAUGCCUGGAACCCAAAUUAUGUGGACUUUCCCCUUGCUGAUGUUCAGCCCUACCUUCAGUGGGUUUAUGCAAUCUGUGUGCUGCUCUCUACUCUUCCUGUUGUCUCCAUCCCUCUUGUGGCUCUCUACAAAUUGCUGGGCUUCCUGAAGAGGCGUAUCAUGAACAGACACAAUCAAAAUCCAUAUGAAAAUGAAGCCUAUGUUGGGGACCUGUAA